AUGAGCAGCACUGCGGCGCGCGUGCUGCGGGUCGGCGGCGUGCCGGAGCACUUCAACGCGCCGUGGCACACGGCGGCAAAGGCGGGCCUCUUUGCGGAGCGCGGCAUUGACGUGCGGUGGACAGACUUUCCAGGAGGCACGGGCGCGAUGGCAAAAGCCCUCCGCGACGGCGAGCUCGACGUGGCGAUCCUGCUCACCGAGGGCAUCGUCGCCGACAUCCACCGCGGCAACCCGGCGCGGCUGGUCGGCACCUACGUGAGCUCGCCGCUCACGUGGGGCAUCCAUGUCGCGGCCGAUUCGCCGCUCACCGACGCGGCGCAGCUCUACUCGCAGCCCGCGGGAGACGGCGGGGCGUCGCCGCGCUUCGCCGUCUCGCGCAUGACGUCGGGCUCACACCUGAUGGCCUUUGUCGACGCGCAGCAGCGGGCCGGCGAGGCUGCGGCCGCCUCGCUGCGCUUCGAGAUCGUUGGAUCGCUCGAGGGCGCGCGGGAGGCGCUGCGCGAGGGGCGCGCCGACGGCUUCAUGUGGGAGAAGUUCACGACCAAGCCGCUCGUCGACUCGGGCGAGUGGCGGCGGGUGGGCGAGUGCGUGACGCCGUGGCCUUGCUUUGCGCUCGCCGCGACGCCGGCGGCGCUCGGCGGCCUCUCGGGCGAGAUCCUCGGCGCAUCGCGGCACGGGGUGAGCUGGGCGAGCUCGCCGAGCGCGUCCUUCUCGACGCUGCGCACCGUGGCGGAGACGCUCGGCAGGCUCGGGGUGCUGGAGCCGGCGUCGCUGCUGCCGCCCGAGCAGCUGGUGUGCGAGCUCGUGAGCGACACCGAUCGGUUCUGA